AUCAAUUUUUUGUAUAUAUAUAAAAAAUACACACAGAGACUGAAGCAGGAAGCAAUGGCGGUGUUGAGUCGAUUCGCGAGAGCAACUAGGUCAUGGCGAACAAUCCCCUCCUCCUCUCUUAGAACCCUAAACCCUUCACGUGCCACCUCAUGUGACCUUCCUCCUCCCACCCCCCUCUUUCUCCGUUCUUUUAAUCACCAAAUUCAUUCAAGUUCAUCAGAAAUUCUACGGCCCAGAUGGGCUUCUAAUGCUAAUGAGCUGCCGAACUCUUUAUUUCCAGCAUUACUAGCUAGUUUCAUUGGAGUUGGAAUGUUACAAGUAGCCCAUGCAGAUUCUGAUGAGAAUGCUAGUAAACCUCCUUUGCCAUCAGAAUCUUCUCCUUCGAGUUACGGUGACUUGGAGGAGAUUGCUAAGAAAGAACGGCAGCGAAUUGAAGAGUUACUUAAAAGCAAAGGAAUCAAAUAUGGGUCUUUUCCUCGCUUCACUAUUGCUGUGAAGGGCCAAAAGGUUACAAUCAAGUUCCAAAUUCCACCUGCAUGUGAUACGCCACAGUUGAUUGCAAACCUUGUUUCUAAUCUUGGAGUGAAGGUCGAUGAGCGUGGUGCUGGUUCAGAUAUGUCAUUACGUGCUUGGGACAGUGCAGUUGCCUGGCAAUUAACACUUAAUUAUCCAGAGAAACAGAAGGAAAUCAGUGGGGAAAGGGGGCAUUCAGGAGAUAUGAAAGUGCCCGAGGGAGAUCUAUGCAUCCUCUUAUUUCGUUCACUCAUAAGUUCAGAUAAAGCUGAAGUUGAGUUUAUAAAGAGUGGGAGCUUGAGCACCACAGAGCUUGAUGCUUUUGUGUCUGUUUUACAAUUAGCUGGUAGUAAAUUAAGGCCCCUGGACAGAAAACCAGCGGAAGGUUCUGCACGGGUGCCAUCUGCGGACAAAUCAGUUGCCAGUUUAGAGUCCAUGGGAGUAAGAAUAUAUGGACUUGAUGAACCCCUUGUGAAUUCUUCUAGCAAUGAUAUAUCAUGGGAAAAUAUUGCUGGAUAUGAUCAGCAAAAAAGAGAGAUAGAAGACACAAUCUUAUUGGCUCUUCAAAGUCCUGAAGUAUAUGAUGAUAUUGCUCGUGGGACUCGGCGCAAGUUUGAGUCAAAUAGACCUCGAGCUGUGCUUUUUGAAGGUCCACCAGGUACAGGGAAGACAUCUUGUGCACGUGUCAUUGCUACUCAAGCGGGUGUCCCAUUGCUGUAUGUACCACUGGAGGUUGUCAUGUCAAAAUAUUAUGGAGAAAGUGAACGCUUGCUGGGAAAAGUUUUCACACUUGCAAAUGAGAUCCCUAAUGGUGCUAUUAUAUUUCUAGACGAGGUUGAUUCAUUUGCUGCUGCUCGAGACAGUGAAAUGCAUGAAGCCACUCGUAGAAUCUUGUCAGUUCUGUUGCGACAGAUUGAUGGAUUUGAACAGGAUAAGAAAGUGGUAGUAAUUGCCGCGACAAAUAGAAAACAAGACCUUGACCCUGCUUUAAUCAGUCGGUUUGAUUCAAUGAUUACCUUUGGCCUACCUGAUCGGCAGAAUCGACAGGAAAUAGCUGCCCAGUAUGCGAAGCACCUAACAGAAUCUGAGUUGGAGGAAUUUGCUAGAGUAACAGAGGACAUGUCUGGAAGAGACAUUAGAGAUGUGUGUCAACAGGCAGAACGGUCAUGGGCAUCGAAGAUAAUUCGAGGACAAGCGAGUAAAGAUGGAGAACAAGGAAAUCUUCCACCUCUGGCAGAAUACACUGAGAGCGCCAUGAAUAGAAGGAAGGCUCUAGCUAGUAUUGCAGAACAGAAAAGCCAAGGUUCUAUCAUGCGCCCACAGAAACCUCAAUUGGAUACAUGUUAGAGAGGUGAUUUCAGCGAUAGAGACACAAACCAUAGGCAUAUCUCUGCAUAUAAGGUGUAUUCCAACAAUCAUAUCUAGAUAUAGUUUCUUAUGCGGAGCAAUCAAACUAGUCCUUGUAAAUAAUUCAGCAGAAGACCAAUUUCAAGUUUCGCUGUACUUAGGAUUAGGAUGUCCCAUGCUUAUUAGACAACACCAUCAAACAUAAUGCAAAGAUUGGAUGCAAAAUCUCUUUAUUGCUC